AUGGAACGAUUUUAUAAGAGAAAGUCAUCAUCGAUUAGUAGUUCGGAUAAUGUUGGUACUUUGGGUUCAACUUCAAGUUCAAGACAAAGUGACUUCGAUGAGGUUUUGGCUAAUCUUCAGGCAGACCCUGGACUAAGAACUCGAAUGAUUGAUUAUGAUUCUAAUAUUAGAGAUGAGAUCCGAAGAGCAUAUCUACAAAAAGGACCUUGUCAACCUAAAGGUCAUAAUUUCCCACAAAGUAAUAUUUCAGGAAUUAAUAGACGAUUCAUUCCUAAAUGGUUUGAUGAAUUUGAUUGGUUGAAGUAUAGUGUAUCUAAAGAUGCUGCAUUUUGUCUUUAUUGCUAUCUCUUUAAGUCCAAUUUUGAACAAGUGGGUAGUGAAGCAUUCACUGGAGCAGGUUUUAAGAAUUGGAAGAAGGGGAGAGAAAGAAUGAAGACACAUGUUGGACCGGUUGGUAGUGCUCAUACUCAAGCUAGAGAAGCGGCUACAAAUUUGAUGAAUCAAAAUGAACAUAUUGAAACGGCCGUGAACAAACACUCUGAGCAAGCUCAUAUGGCUUAUCGCACAUGCUUGAAUGCAUCAAUUAAGUGCACUAAGUUUUUAUUGCGACACGACAAUAAUGAGAAAGUUAGGGCCAUUGUGUUUGAAAAUGCUUCAGGGAAUCUCAAGUUUGUGGGCAUCCAACAUGUUACUGAUACCACUUCAACUUCAUUAAAGGAUGCUAUUGACACAUUCUUUUCUUCCAACGGUUUGAGCUUUUCCAAGCUACGAGGACAAGGUUAUGAUGGAGCGAGCAAUAUGAGAGUUCAUGUGCUUCAAAUGAUUAUUGAUGAUAAUCCCAAUGAUAUUGCCGGUGAAGCAAAUAAAUUAAUAAGGGAAAUGCUUACUUUUGAGUUUGUAUUUCGCCUUUUCUUGAGGAAAGCUAUAUUGGGAGUGACAAAUGAUUUGUCACAAGCAUUGCAAAAGAAAGAUCAAGAAAUUGUGAAUGCGAUGGCUUUAAUGAAAUUAUGCAAGGAAAAGCUACAUUGGAUGAGGAAUAAUGGGUUUGAUGCAUUGGUUGAUGAAGUAUUUUCAUUUUGUGACAAACAUCAUAUUGAAGUUCUUAACGUGGAUGAGGCAUUUGUACUUCCUGGAAGGUCAAGGCGUAACGCUCCAAUUAAGACAAAUCAUCAUCAUUAUCGUGUGGAGCUCUUUAUUUAUGUCAUUGAUCAGCAACUUACGGAGUUAGAUGAUGUUCACCCGUUUUAUGGUUCAGAGAAUGUGCAUUCGAAUUCUAGAUCUUCAACUGUAAAUAUAGUGGAUUUUGUUUGGGAGUAA